AUGCGACUCGAUCCCAGCGCCUUCCGGCGUGGAGGCGCCACCACCACCUGGACAUGCGCCCGCUGUAAAAAUUCACAGACACAAACAUAUCCACACAACCCCCGGCGGGACUUCAGCUCCCAGAGGAGACCGAUCAAGGUUGUGCGACCGCGACCGCGACCGCGCAAAACAGUAAUAUGGGCCGCUGCCGGUGGCGGCCUGGGGGCAAGUUUGCUGUUCUUCGGCGACGACAUCAGACAUGGCUGGCUUGCGGCGGAAAGGACGGGCAGGGUGGUGACCACGUUGGCCGUGUGUAUCAAUGACUACCGAGUCACGCUCAAACAACAGCUCGACGACCCCGAACAAGAAUCCGCCAUCCUCAAAGCCUGCCACAAGCGCUGCGCCGAACGAACAUUGAAAGUACUGGAGAAAAAUGGCUCGAUAUUCAUCAAGCUCGGCCAACAUUUGUCGUCGAUGGGAUAUUUGUUGCCUACAGAAUGGACCGAAACAUUUGUUCCUUUGCAGGACAAAUGCCCAGUUUCCUCAUUCGAAUCGGUGGAAGAAAUGUUUCUCCGUGACACCGGACAUCGGAUAGAAGACGAGUUUGACGAGUUCUCCAAGGAACCCAUUGGAGCGGCGUCGUUGGCGCAAGUGCACAUUGCCCGACUGAAAAACUCGGACCAAAAGGUGGCGGUCAAAGUCCAACAUCCCAGCCUAGAAGAAUGGGUUCCGCUCGACCUGGCCUUGACGAGAUUUACCUUUCGGACCUUGAAAAGAGCAUUUCCCGAAUAUGACAUGGAGUGGCUGAGUAAUGAGAUGGACUUUUCCUUGCCGCAAGAGUUGGAUUUCAGUCUUGAGGGAGCCAACGCCAUGCGAGCGAAGGAAUUUUUCAACCAAAACACCAAUCUGCCAGUGAUCAUCCCGAACGUGAUAUCGGCCCAUCGACGCAUCUUGGUCAUGGACUAUGUGACGGGAGCAAGAGUGGACAAUUGGGCCUACUUUGACCAGCACAACAUUUCUCGGGAUGAAGUGUCGGCCGCGCUGGCCAGGAUCUUCAAUGCCAUGAUCUUCCAGGACAAUGCACCUCUACAUUGCGACCCGCACGGGGGCAACUUGGCCAUCCGGCAUAACCCAAAAAGAAGAUAUCCCUACAAUUUCGACGUCAUCCUAUACGACCACGGCUUGUACCGUGUGCCGGACAAGAAGCUGCGGCAAGAUUAUGCAAAGUUAUGGCUGGCCGUCAUCAACGCUGACGAGGCACAGAUGCGCAAGUAUGCCUAUGAACUGGCGGGAAUCAACGAUGAGCAGUUCCCCUUGUUUGCAUCGGCCAUCACGGGCCGCGACUAUCGCGUGCUGACCAGCAAAAAGGUCGCCACGUCCACGCGCGAUGCCCAUGAGAAGGAAGCCAUCAACGAGGUCUUUGGCGAGGAUCUGCUCCAGCAGCUCGUCCAGUUGCUUGGUCAUGUGCCGCGGAUUAUUUUGCUCAUUUUGAAAACUAAUGAUCUGACUCGUAGCUUGGACGAGUCGUUGGGCUCCAAACAGCCCAUGAGACCCAUGCUGAUUCUGGCGCGGUAUGCCAGCCUUGCCGUAUGGCAGGAGGAAAAAGAGAAGAUUCUUCAGCAGGGCGGGCUGUUGUAUCCCAGAAACGUCUGGAUGCUGUUCCGCGCCUGGCUCAGCCAUAUGAAGAUUGAGUUCAAGUUGUUUAGUUAUGAGCGUUAUUUGUCCCUCCGACGGCAUUUGGGAUUCGACAACUAG